AUGAAGGAUUAUGAGCAACUUUCAAAAGAGGUGGUCUCUUAUGCUGGUGGGCUUCCAUUAGCACUUACUGUUCUUGUCUCUUCUCUAUGUGACAAAAAUAUUCAUCACUGGAAGAGUGCAUUAGCCAGAUUGAAAGUGAUCCCAGAUAAUGAGAUUCUGGUAAAGCUAAAAAUCAGCUUUGAUGGACUUACAGAGGUCCAGAAAGACUUGUUCCUUGAUAUUGCAUGUUUUUUUAGGUGGAAGAAGAAAGAUAGGGCAAUGGAGAUACUUGAUGCUUGUGGUUUUCAUCCUGUUAUAGGAGUAGAGGAGUUGAGACAAAAGGCUCUCAUAACUAUCUCGAAUGGAAGGUUUGAUAUGCAUGAUCUGGUGCAAGAAAUGGCACGCUACAUUGUUAGAGGGGAACACCCUAGAAAUCCUGAAAAACAUAGUAGAGUUUGGAAGAAGGAAGAUGUUCCAACAAUAUGUGCCAUGGAUGCAACAACGGAACUUGACAAGAUUGAAGCAAUACAAGUUAAAUACUCUCAAGUACAUGAAGAACCUCCUCCUUCUCUGAUUGUUGCUAACAUGAGGAACCUUCGGUAUAUUCAAUGGGAAGGUGAUCCUAAAAAUCCAUCUGCAAGUCCAUUGGUUAAUAACUCUCCACCAAUUGGGCUUUGUUGUCUAAUACUGAGUAGAGGCUCCGAAGACAAACUUUGGAAUGGGAAUAAGGUGCUGCGAAACCUGAAGAUAAUGGACAAUUUACGACAUAUUCAUUUGGAUAAUAUUGGUGACACACAAGUUAAAAAACCAGGAGAAUUAUGGUUUUUUCGCAGUGACUUAAGAAAAUUGGAUCUCAACCGGUGUGAUUUGGGAGAUGAAGAUGUCAGCUCUGCUGUUUGGGUGUUACUCAACUUGGAAGAACUCAAUCUAUCACACAAUAAGUUUUAA